AUGGAGCGUUACUGUGCUGGUAUGCUGCUUCUGGAGGCGGGGGGCAGAGUGGGUUACCACGGCGCCCGUCGGGGAGGGGGGGCCCGGCGGGGGUCCCUGGUCCGGCCGGAGGAGGUGUGGAGGGGGCUGGAGCGGGCUCUGGAGAGGGUGGAGAAGCGGCGGCUGCCCCUGGACCUCCUGACGCACAUCGCCACAGCCGAGGCGCUCCUGGCAGGCAUGAAAAGUCAACACACAUUCUGCAGAGAGGCGGCCAGACGGUACCUCAUAGCGCUGGAGAAAUAUCUCAGCUGUAAUGAAGAUAAGCGCAAUGCUACCAAGACUGGAACAGAUCCCGGGACCAGCGCAGCGGUGAGGGGCCUGUGCAUCGGCAUGCGAUUUCCCCGCCCCGAGCACGUCACGGAACUCAUCCACGCCAGCGUCGAAUGCGGCCGCAUGACGCACACCUGUCCCACAGGGUUCCUGGGAUGCGUGUGCAUGGCGCUGUUCGCCUCGUACGCCGUGCAGGGGCAGCCGGUGUCCCGCUGGGGCAGGCUCAUGCUGGGGGCGCUGCCACGGGCCGAACAGUACUGCCGAGGAAAACCCGCCCUCUUCACAGACUACAGUGAAAACUGGUUCUACUUCGAAACAAAAUGGCAGUUUUACCUUCAGCAGAGGAAGAUUGACAGAGAGGGCUGCGAUGAACCCUUCUUUCCUGAAAACUACGACUCAACUGAAAGAAAUAAGUUGUACAGGCAUUGGUCCGCAGCGUCUCCAGGGAAACGGAAGGGGGUGGCGAUCACGCUGAUGGUGUACGACGCCAUCCUCGGUGCUGGGGGGGACUGGACCAGGCUCUGUCAGUGGGCCUUGUGUCAUGGAGGUGACAGUGAGGGGACAGGCAGUAUGGUGGGGUGCCUGUAUGGUCUCCUCUAUGGCAGUUUGGGGGUCCCCAGCUCCUUCCUGCUCAACCUGGGACUGAAGGGCCAGAUGGAGGGCUUAGGAGCGGCUCUGUACGCCGCAGCUAACGGAGAGAGGCCAGAACUGGGUGAUGCCCCCGUAAGUUCCGGUGAUGCCCCCAUAAGUUCCGGUGAAUUCCACGCCGAUCUGUGGCAGGCGGUAAAACGGCUGUCCUGCAAGCGCACGGACGACGAAAUCAACACCCUCCUGAACUACCUGGCGCUCCUGGAGCAGGGCGUGGCCAGCCGGCAGGACCGCGGGCAGCCCAGGGAGGACGUGGGGAGGGGGAGGGGGAGGGGCAAGGGGGCGGUCCGUCCUCCCCACCCAUACCCCUCCCGCUUCCAGCUCCUGAGGUCCCGGUUCACCAAACUGGGGCACAGAGACAAUCUGCUGAGGCUCCGCCCCCCUCCCCUGGAGAGGCCAAUCACCACAAGCCCAAAGCCACUGCCCUGGAAGUACAGGACGCACUGCUACGCUAAGGACCUCUGCACCCCCCCGGCCCCCAAAGUCCUCCUCAGUGUGGGCAUGAGGGGCGGCAGGCUCGUUAAGAUUUCAUAA